CGUGGGUGUCGGUUUAGUAUUGUUGUUAAAACGGAAUCAAACGUAAAUGUGCUGGAAGGGCGCGUAGCUUCAAGCUUGUGCUCGCGUUGUUUUUACAGAUGUUGUAUUGCUCUGGAGAUGGGCGAUGUUGCCUGUUUCGACAUGACAGCUCCAUAUCUAUGAGUGAGUGAGUGAGUGAAUGAAUGACGAAGAGCAGCUUUGCGGCGCCAGAACGCGGCGCGCUCCUGUUGCGACGAGCCGUGGCCGCGCUGUCAGCUGCUAGGGAACCGGGAGCGCUGUUCAGGGUAUCGGUUUGUCCGGUUGGCCGUUUAAAGGGGCGUGUGGAGAGGGAGGGGAAGAGAAGAGAGAGCGAGCGAGCGAGCGAAGAGGAGGCGCCCCUCGCAACCCCGCCAAAAUGCGUACGCGCGCUCCCGCGUCGUAACAAGCCCGCGCGUCCUCCGGCGCGUACAAAUCCAAGACGAAGCCAGGCGUCCACAGCGAUGCAUCAUGUUCCCGAGCCGCUUGUGCGCCGCGACGCCUCCGUGGGAACGCGCAGCCGGCGCUGAGAGCUGGACGUGACGGCCACGGACGGAACUUAGCAUCUGCAUCUUCGCCCGUUCAUUCUCGCUCCUUCCGUCCACGCAAUGCUUGAUUUUGUGGACGCGCAUCCCUCUGCCGUGGAUUUGACGCCUGCUGCGCGCGGCGACUGACAGUCAUUUGUGCGCUGAAUUUUAAAUGGCAUGAUUUUGGAGAGGAGGAGGAGGAAGAGGAAGGCGGCAUCUCGGAAUCCCAGCGCACCGUCCGUCAGCCAUAACAGGGCACAGCGCGGACUGAUCAGGAAUAAUGGGAUAGACAGCUGAUCAGAAGAAACCACAGGGCCCUCUGGAUUUUUAACAAGAAGAUAUGACCGAUUGUGAAGCACUGCAGAAUAGUGUCUCCCUGCCUCAUCUGCUGAUCAUCUACAUUUGUUCUGUCAAUUUUUCAGAAGCAACAUGCAUCCUAUAGUAAGCAAAAAUGAACUGAACAGCUGGAACUUCAGAUACAGUCGUAGGAUUAUUGAAGCACUUUGUUUGCUGUCGCUGUUUUUAUUUUGGCAAAUGUUUCACAUUACUGGCAAAACGAGGUGAAUGCAUGAGGUUGUCGAUAGUAGCACGGGGCAGCCGAUCAAGCUGCACCACACAUGCUUGCUGAACUUGAGCACGAAGCUUCACUUCAGCCCUGGAGCACAUUUGCUCUUAUUUAUCUAGCUGAUGCUUUUCUUCAAAGCGACUUACACCGUUUUACCUAUUUGUAGGGGUAAUUGUUCAUUAGAGCACUUUCAGCUGUAUCUUUAAAGUAAGGGAUACUACAGCAGGAGUCAGGAUUCAAACCUGGGUCCCCUGAUGGCAAGGCAGCAUCUCUAAUCACUACGCCACCUGUUGCACGGCUGAAAAAGAGAGCAAAGUGGAGCAGACUGGACAAUGGAGCAGCCGAUCUACAGUACCCGGGCCCACGUCUUCCAGAUCGAUCCCAACACCAAGAAGAACUGGGUCCCCACCAGCAAGCAUGCCGUCACCGUCUCCUACUUCUAUGACAGCGUGAGAAACGUCUACCGGAUCAUCAGUCUGGAUGGGUCGAAGGCAAUAAUCAACAGCACCAUCAGCCCCAACAUGACCUUCACCAAGACGUCGCAGAAGUUUGGCCAGUGGGCGGACAGCCGCGCCAACACGGUCUACGGCCUGGGCUUCUCCUCAGAGAACCACCUGAGGAAGUUUGCAGAGAAGUUUGCAGAGUUUAAGGAGGCAGCACGAAUAGCGAAAGAGAAGUCCCAGGAGAAGAUGGAACUGGCCAGCACUCCAUCUCAGGAGUCAGCAGUCGGGGACAUGCAGUCUCCUCUCACCCCAGAGAGCAUCAACGGCACAGACGAGGAGAGAACCACGCCGGACAUCACCCACAAUGCACUGCCUUUCUCACACAGCUCAGCCAUCAACAAGCACUGGGAGGCCGAGUUGGCGGCCCUGAAAGGCAACAAUGCCAAGCUGACAGCGGCAUUGUUGGAGUCGACCGCAAACGUCAAACAGUGGAAGCAGCAGCUUGCAGCCUACCAGGAGGAGGCUGAGAGGCUGCACAAACGCGUGACAGAGCUGGAGUGCAUGAGCAGUCAAGCAAACCUGAUAAAAACUCACAAGACAGAGCUCAACCAGACCAUUGAAGAGCUGGAAUCCGCACUGAAGGCGAAGGAGGAGGAGAUUGAGGGGCUCAAGGAGGAGGUGGACAAUGCGAGGCAGCUGCAGGCGCAGAGGGAUGCCCUUGCUCUGAAACUGCAGGAGACGGAGGCACGGAGCAGGGAUCUGGAGGGGCAGCUGGCAGACCUGGAGCAACGGCUGGAGAGCAGUCAGCUGGGCCAGGAAGCCUUCCGCAAGAACCUGAGAACGCUGCUGGAGAUCCUGGACGGGAAGAUCUUCGAGCUGACGGAGCUGCGGGACAGCCUGGCCAAGCUGGUGGAGGGCAGCUAGAGCUGAUGGGACCCUGUCUCCUUCCUCACCUCCCCCCUGCCAAGUUGGACCUCAGGAAGCCACACCCACUCAGUGCAGGGACACGUGGGCUGCAGCCGUGGCAACAAGACUCUGGCAAAACGGGCAGGGGGUAUUUUGGGUUAAAAAAUAUUUGGUUGAUUGUGUCUGGUAAUGAAUUUUGCUUCACAAGAAGUUCAUCUGUGGCCUGGCAGACCCUCUGGUCCAAGCGUGAUGGAGUUCUGUCCGCUCGCCCAGACCGAAAGGUGGAGGAUCAAACAUUUGUUCCAAGUCCAGAUACAUAUCACUUAUCUGGCAAAAUUUUCUCACUGGCCCAAGUUUCUGAACGUCAACUGCUGGAACUGAAGGACAGUUGACAGUGUAUAGUUACUACUAAAGACAGAUCAUUAUCAUAUUUAAACAACAGUGAAGUGAAGCUGUAUAUUUUAUAUUAAUAAAGUAUAGACACAGGAGCCACUUUUGCUCCCAAUGCUACAGUAAACCUGUUUGACUCUACCUGGCAUCAGUUGCAGUUUUAAUUUGAUGUACAUUUUUUAUUUAUUUUUUCUUUUUUCUUAGUCUGAACCCACAAUGCUCUUAAGGGUUUUAACAUCUAAGGAGAUGUGAAUCUCCUGAACCAUCUUGCAGAUCAUCCCGUUGGAAGGCGCGGGGCAGCCCAAGGUUUGGUUCGGUUCAACACAGCCGGCACCGCUGGGGGGGGCAUUACGGGGCUGGAGAGACCUGGCUGUUGUCAGCCGCUGAGCAAUACGAGCUGGAGGAUGGAUGGGGAAGGUUGUAUGAGGUGGGUGGGGGGUGGGGGCUCGUCUUUCACACACAUACACGGUACAUAUGACCUCUUCGUUGGAAAGCUGGGCUUUUUAUGAGUGUUUGUGUGUGUGUAUAUGUAUAUAAAGUGUGUGU